AUGAAGUCUCUUGCAGCUGUGGCCGUGCUUGCAGGCCUUGUUCGCUCAGUACUCGCACAAAGUGUGUCUGGCGCCGCGGAGGGGUUUGCUACGGGGAUCACUGGUGGAGGCAACGCAACGCCAGUGUAUCCGAAUGAUAUCGACGAGCUUGUGUCGCUUCUCGGGUCGUCAGAGGCUCAGGUUAUCGUACUCUCGAAAACAUACGACUUCACGAAAUCCGAAGGGACCACCACAGAGGCUGGAUGUGCACCAUACGGAACAGGGGCCGGAUGUCAGCUGGCUAUCAACGCCAACGACUGGUGCGGCUCAACAACGGCAGCGACCGUGACAUAUGACAAUGCCGCCAUAGAGGGCAUCACAGUGGCGUCGAAUAAGACCUUAAUUGGAGUGGGAAGCAGUGGUAUUAUCAAAGGAAAAGGUUUAAGAAUGACUAAUGGUGUCUCCAAUAUCAUUGUCCAAAACGUUCACAUUACGGAUCUGAAUCCUCAAUAUGUAUGGGGUGGUGACGCUUUCACUUUCGCCGAGUCGGACUUGAUCUGGAUUGAUCAUUGUACACACUACGUCUUUGGCCAAAAGCCGAGUGGUCGCAUAACUUUGUCUAACAACUUCAUCGAUGGCGCCACUAGCUGGUCGGCCGGGUGUGAUGGAUACCACUACUGGACCAUCGAGCUUGUUGGCACAGAGGAUCAAAUUACUUUCCAAAACAACUACAUCUGGUCAACGUCUGGGCGUGGCCCAGCACUCAGUGGCAGCACUCUGUUCCACGCAGUGAACAGCGUCUGGUCCAACAUCAGCGGCCAUGCUAUCGAGGGUGAUACAAACGGGCAGGGCCUCUUCGAAGGCUGUGUGUUUGACGAUGUCGAAACCAUCGUUGUCGACGACUUCAAGGGGCAUCUGUUCAGUUCUCCCGACGACACGACCAACCAGCAGUGCGAGUCUGCACUUGGCAGAGCCUGUGUUUCGAACAUCUACAGCAACUCGGGCACCUUUGAUAGCUCAGACACGGAGUUCUUCGCCAACUUCACCGGUCUGUCAGUCGCAACUGCAGUGUCUGCUAGUGAAGCUCAGAGCAAGGUCCCUGCCUCUGCUGGAUUUGGGAAGUUGUCGAGCAGCAGCAGGACCCAGAAGACCAAAUGCAAGAAUGAUUGGGUCGGCAGAGAUAACCUUCUGGAUGAUGCAAAACUGUCACUAUGCUGGGCUGAAGGCGGCCAUGGUGGUGCGCUCUCCAGGCUAUGUCUUCCACUGGACAAUGCGAUGGACCCUCAUGCUAUCGGAGCCUAUGAUCUCAUGUCACUUGAGGCUGCAGAUUAA